AUGACCGCCACCCCCUCCGAAGCCUCCUCCGAAGCCUCCUUUUCUUUCAUCACCUCCUUUUCCUUCAUCACCUCCUUUUCCUUCAUCUCCUCCCUUUCCUUCAUCUCCUCCCUUUCCUUCAUCUCCUCCUCCACCACCCAGGCCUCCGCCAGCACCACCACCCUCUCCUCCACCUUCUCCCUCUCCUAUUCCAAAGCCUCCUCCAGCUCCAGCACCGAAUCCUCCUCCAGCUCCAGCACCGAGUCCUCCUCCGAAUCCGCCGCCACCACCCAGACCGAUACCACCAUCCUUGCUAUCAGCGCCUAUCAUGUAGUUCCAAUUAGAGACAGGGAUGUAUGGGGAGACUAG